UUUUCUUCGAAGGAAACCUGACCACCGAUUUACACACAAAAACAGUCAGUAUAAUUCAUUACCAGGCUGAGUUGUUAAUCUCCGGGUUGGUCGUGAGAACAAAUAAUGUCUCCUUUCACAUUUCUGACGGUGUUGGUCUUUAGAAAAGAAAUGCGGUGUUAAGAAGUGUUUUAUGUGGUUUAUGGCUGUAACCUCUGGCACAGAGCUCCGGCAGGUUUGAGUCUGAAGGUUAGUGAGUGUUGAGUAGGUUAGGGUUCAGUAUUUGCCUCGUCACUGUGGCGCAGCUCAAUGAUCUCAGAAGAUGAUGACAGAUGAAAGCUGGGAGAGACUGAUAAUAAAACACAGCAGAGAGAAACGGACACUCACACUGAAUGAAUGACACAAACAACGCACAUGAGGGCCAGAAAGAAAGAGAGCCGUGACUCCAUGCACUCCAUGCGGGUUUCCGUUCAUGGUGCAUCCAUGUUCUCCUCCAUCACCAGCUCCAUCUCCGACCCGCGUUUCCGCUUCCGAUGGCGAGCCAUCACGGUGGCGACCCUCCUGGCAUUGGCCGUCCUUGUGUACCUGCACCAAACAUCAUCGAGCUCCACCGACGGCAAAGGUAAUGGCCAGCGUUCGUGGCGAUCCAGCCGGGAUGUAUCAGGUAUGAUGGCGGCGGCCGAAUCGGUGGACUCGCGUUACAACGACACAUACCCACUCAGUCCUCCGGAACACACGGUCAGCGGGAUCCGCUACCGGAUCGGAGUCAUAGCGGACCUGGACACGAACUCACGCAGCCAGAAGGACAACACGUGGUUCAGCUACCUGAAACGAGGACACCUGUUGGUGUCUGACAGUGGGGAUAGUGUAUCUGUGGAGUGGGAUUCGGACACGGUGGUUUUGGAGAGUCAUCUGUCGGAGAAGGGCCGCGGUAUGGAACUGUCAGAGCUGGUGGCGUUUAACGGGCACCUGUACAGCGUGGACGACCGUACGGGUGUGGUGUACCGGAUAGAGGGCAACAGAGCCGUGCCGUGGGUCAUCCUGACGGACGGAGACGGAAGCGUGUCUAAAGGUUUUAAGGCGGAGUGGUUGGCGGUGAAGGACGAGCGUCUGUAUGUCGGUGGUCUCGGUAAGGAGUGGACGACCAUCACCGGCGAGUUCGUCAAUAACAACCCAGAGUGGGUGAAGGUGGUUGGUUUCCAUGGUGACGUGGAGCACGAGAACUGGGUACCGCGGUAUCACGCGCUCAAGAAAGCAGCAGAUAUCAAACCGCCAGGUUAUCUCAUCCACGAGUCGGCCGUGUGGAGCGAGCGUCUCCAGCGCUGGUUCUUCCUCCCUCGCCGCGCCAGCUCCGAACGCUACGAGGAAACGGCGGACGAGCGCCGCGGCACCAACCUCAUCCUGAGCUGCUCGCCGGACUUCAGUCAGAUCUCACUGUCACGCGUCGGGCCGCUCAAACCCACGCUCGGCUUCUCCUCCUUCAAAUUCAUUCCAGACACGGACGACCAGAUCGUACUGGCGCUCAAAUCGGAGGAGGACGCGGGGCAAAUCGCCACGUACAUCACGGCCUUCACGCUGGACGGACGCAUCCUGCUGCCUGACACGAAGAUCGGAGACGUCAAAUACGAAGGGCUGGAGUUCAUAUAAACGGACGACUCUGCGAUCGACUCCACAUACAACAAAACUGCAGAAGUCGUGCAGGCGUCCAUUAUCCAUAAUGCAAUCAAACGGUGGCCAGUAUAUUUUCAAGACACACGUUUAUGUGCUUUAUACAGACAUACGUCCUCAAUGUGGGACGAGACGCAGAAAAACGUCACUACAGACGCUCAGGGGACUGAAGAAACGGGAAACAGAUGCAAUAAUAGAGGAAACCUCUAACAAACAGAGCAGGGUUUCUGCAGGUCUCGAAACAUCAGAAUUCACGUUUUAACGAAAAGGCCUUGAAGUGUCUUAAAAUUUAGAAGUUGUGGCAUUAAAUGUUGCAUGUGUUGCAACAAAUGAACAUCCUGUUCAGUAUUUUUGUUUAAUUUUCCAGUACAAAUACGUAAAAGUAAUGGAGAUUGUGUUGCUUACUUUUUUUUUGGUCUUAAAAAGUUUUAAAUUUACCUUCAUUAAUCCUGCAGAAACCCUGCAUAAUUAUAAAUGUGUGUGUGUGUGUUGGGAAAUGCACUAAUGAGAAAGAUUCCAGUAAUUGUCUUAAACAAUUAUUUGCCUUUAUUAAGAACUACAACACCUCAAAACUUAUUUUAUUUAUGUUUUUUGCUGAUUUUAGUGUAUAAACUACACUGGAUAUGUUUAUAUGUUAUUAUUUUGAUUUAUGGGAUUAAUGCGAAGACAUUUAAAAUUAAUAUGCAAAUAAAGAUUUAUUAUUAAUUCCA